AUGUCUCAAGCAGAAGCUUCAGAUGCGGCUCCAACUUCAGGAGGCGGUGAAGGCACAGGUGUGGGUAGUUCAGCAUCAACAGCACAAACUACUUCAGUUGUUGUUGUUGAUUUAGCUGACCCUGGGUGGAAGCACUGCACAAUGCCAAAUCCGAAGAAAAAGAAUUCUUUGAAGUGCAACUAUUGUGGUGGCAUUUACACUGGUGGUAUUACUCGAAUCAAGCUCCACCUUGGGAAAGUUCCAAGGUCCAAUGUGGCUAAAUGCCCUAAAGUUCCUAAGGAUAUUGAACAGGAAAUGCUUGCACGGCUAAUAGGAAAGUCUGAAUCCAAGCAAAGGAAGGUUAAGAAUAAAGAGACAGAUAGAGAUGAAGUGGAUUUAAGUCACUCAGAGGGAGAAGAAGCAAGUGAUGAUAGUGGCAAUGCUGUAGUUGUGCUAAAAACUGCAAGAAAUACCUCUCAUUCAAGUGGCCCUAUGGACAGGUAUUACAAAUUAAAACCAGAAGAUGUUGUACGUGCUAGGAAGGGCAAAGGGCUUGCUGAGAAGGUGCAAUCAAAGCUAUCAACCGAGAAAAGAGAGGAAAAAAGGGAUAGAGCUUAUGCUUGGACAGACAAGAGAGGCAGGGGUGUAAUGAAUUUGGUUGUUCACAGUGCAUAUGGUGUUUGCUUUCUUGGUUCUGUUGACUGCUCAUCUGAGAGGAAAGACGGGAAGUACAUCUUUGAAUUGGUUGAUAAGUGUAUAGAUGAGGUUGGAGAACGCAAUGUUGUUCAAGUGGUGACUGACAAUGCAAAGGUUAAUGAAAAAGCUUCUACUUUAUUGAAAGCAAAAAGGCCCUCAAUAUUUUGGAAUGGUUGUGCAGCCCAUUGCAUUGAUCUCAUGCUGGAGGACAUUGGAAAGCUCCCAUUAGUUGAUCAAACAAUAACUAAAGCAAAAUCUUUGACAGUGUUCCUUUAUGCUCAUACAAGGCUGCUGGACCUAAUGAGGAAGUUCAUUGGCAAAGACUUGGUUAGGAGUGGCAUUACUAGGUUUGCUACUGCAUAUUUGAACUUGAAGAGCUUGCAGGAAAACAAGAAACAAUUGAUGAGGCUCUUCAGAUCAGAUGAGCUAAAUGAAAUGGGUUAUCUAAACAAGGUCAAGGGGAAGAAAGCAAGCAAAGUUGCACUAUCUGAUUCUUUUUGGAAAGGAGUUGAUAAUGCUGUUAAUUUCUUUGAGCCUUUGGCUAUUGUGCUUAGGAGAAUGGAUAGUGAUGUACCAGCUAUGGGAUUCUUAUAUGGUUGUUUGCUAGAAGCAAAGAAUGAAAUCUCAGCAAGGUUUGACCAUGAAAGCAGCAAAUUCCAGCAAGUGUUUGAGAUCAUUGACAAAAGGUGGGACAACAAGUUGAAGACACCAUUACAUAGGGCUAGUUACUACCUAAAUCCAUAUUACUAUUAUCCAAACAAGUUGGAUAUUGAGCUAGAUGGAACAUUUAGAGAUGGUCUAAUAACUUGCAUAACAAAGAUGGUGGACAAUGUAGAUUUGCAAGACAAGAUUAUUCAAGAACUUGAGCAAUAUCAGGAUGAGGAUGGAACUUUUGCGAAGGAAAUUGCCAAAAGGCAAUGGAAAAAUAAGAAUUUUGAUCCAGCUAAAUGGUGGCUGAACCAUGGAUCAAGUGCACCAAAUCUUAGGAAAUUGGCUGCAAGGAUUUUGGGCUUAACAUGCAGCUCCUCAGCAUGUGAGAGGAAUUGGAGUGCAUUUGAUCAGGUCCACACAAAGACACGCAAUAGGCUGCAACAUAAUAGGAUGAAGGACCUUGUCUUUGUCAAAUUCAACUCUAGACUCAAGCAAAAGAAAGACAAUAAGAGCAGAGACCCCAUUGAAAAAACAGUAGCUGAUGUUCUAGAUGAUGAAGACAAUGAAUGGGUCACUGACAUUGUGCCAAAUGAAUCUGCAAAAAAACAACAACAACCUUCAGGUGCUCAAGGUCACGGUGCAUCAUCAUCGCAGGGAGCAGCAGCAACAUCACAACAGAAAAGGAAGAGAGGUGUCCAGCAGCACGGUAAUAGGAAGAGAAAGAGGUUGAUUACUAUCAUGGAUGAAAAAGAGCUUACUUCUACUUCCUCUUCGGAGUCUGAAAAUGAUAUGGAGCUUGACCUUCACAUGCCAUCACCUUCAUGCUCAGAUGCAGAUGAUGAUGAUAAGUCGGUCUCCUCUGACUGA